UUUUUCGUGUUUUUUUUUUUUUACUGAAUUGUGUUAUUGAAGUCAUUCUGAAUAAGCAAUUUAUUUACUGGAAUUUAAUGUUGAUCAACACACAGUAAUUAUCCUAAUGAUGGAUUAUUUUUAAAGGACGGUGAUUUCUUACUAAUUAUAUAGGAUGUAUAGCUGUGUUUUAUGCGUUAAUAAACUACACACACACUCUGACUUACUUGUGACGAUUUAUUGACAUGCACAACUGAUAACUAAUUAUUAUAAAUGAUUUAUCUUUUUGGAGCCGCCACAGGCAAAUACUAAAGAACAGCAAUAGAUAAUAGUAGUGGCAUGGACAACAUUGAUUUCAUUUACAAAUCAGUCCAAAGAAAGUAAUAAUAAUUAAAUAUUUGGUCUGUAUUAAUGAAUGAGGAGGUUAUUUUGGUGUAGGCUCACUACAAAGAGAAUAGACAAAUACUGUAUCACUAAACUGGAUUUCUCUUUCAGUGGUGUUCUGAAAGUGACCUGUGGGUGGCAGUCGUGCGCAUUCUCUGCAUUUACACUGCCGUAAAUAUCAGUAGAAAUAGUUUAUGAACAGGCGCUCACCAAGAAGACUGGAAUUUGUUUGGAGUUACCCAUGAGACAGAAACGUUUUCUAUGACGGAUGUUGAGGUACUUACACAUGCUUUUGGGUUUUCUUAUGGUGAGCUUCGUGUAGUGAUGGCAGCAUCAUUACCACAGAAGCCAGGCAUGGCAGGGAUGCCCCCACAGCAACAGCAGCAGCAGCCUCACAUGCCCCCCAGUGGCGCUUUGGUCGCAGGUCAGCAGCCAAUGCCACCCCAGGGUGCCCUCAGAGAGAUCUCCCCUGUGUUCCUGUGUCGGAUUGGACAGGAGACCGUCCAGGACAUUGUCACUCGCACCAUGGAGAUCUUUCAAAUUACACGAGCCACGCAACUUCCCAACGGCGUGACUCAGAGCCAAGCGAUGUACCAGGAUCGCUUUGGAAAACUCCAGGAACACCUGAGGCAGCUCGCCUUGCUCUUCCGCAAGCUUCGUCUCCUCUACGAACGCUGUGUGGAGAUGACUGCUGACCUGCAGGAGGGGCCGGCAGAGCUUGUGCCCUAUGUUGGAGAAGAGCUGGUCAACGUCAGAGUGGAGCCUUGUAGUCCUGCCGUCCACCAGGAGAGGAAAGAAGUCCUUGAGAAAGUACGUCAGAAGAACCAGGAGAUGAAGGUUAUCAUGGAUCAGAUGAGGAACCUGCUGUGGGACGUGAACGCCAUGUUGACCCUAAGGAAAUAGUCAAUCCUGAUGGGGCGCACAGACUUUUUUAAUUGUCCAAGGGGGCCACGGACUGCAUAAUGAAAUAAGGGGACAUCUUAUUUCUAGACUUCUAUGGAACAACCUUCAAGUUGCACUGUUUUUGUUAAGAUUUUACAGCCAAAACCCACCAUUAUGUAAGGGUUGGGAACAACUGAUGAACUUUGUCACAUCCUUUUUUUUUUUUUUUUUUACUGAAAUAAGUUAUCAACUAUUCAUUUGUGGAAAUUUGUAAUCCAUCAAAGCAAAUCUUUACUUCUUUGCUCUCAUGUGCUGACGCAACACCUGACAGAUUCAUAGGCAGUCGUUCUUCCGGUGUGUUGGUAAUAUUGUGCUCAUUAUGCCCCAAAAAGGUUGCGGUGCAGGGUUCCAACUAUCCCUUGGCAGCUAUAUACAUCUCAGGUGCUUUGUACGGUGAGUGUGUAUGUGCAUGCUUAUGUGCUUAAUUAGUCUUCCUCAGUGCUCAGCAACACUUUGCCCUUUGGAUCGUCACUUUGUUGCCUGUGGGACUUGCAUACUAGAUUAUUUUUUUUGUACAAAAUUGUUUUUCUAAUUAAAAAGUGUGAAUAGAA